AGGACGGAGGGCAUCAUGUCCCCGAACACCUGGUGGGGUUUUACGGCAGAGAAUCGUCGCUUUUGUUCCGUUCAGACGGCAAUGUUGUGGUGGGAACGUCAUGUCCUGGAUGUUUUUUCAUGAACCGUAGGAGAAGACCAUGUGGAGCGAGAGCUCAUCCCGCACCGGGAGCAGCGGACGCCAGCAGCAACUCUCCUAACAGCACCGUUAUCAGAACUUCAAAGCUCCAUCGAUGAGGAAACAACGGCAGAAGAGAUGGUAGAGAAUGGCCGCACCUGACCUUCUGGACCCCAAGGCUGCCGCUCACAACUGUAAACCCCGUCUCUCCUUCUCUACGAUACCAGCUGUUCUGACUUCUCCCGAGGAUGAGUGCGACACCAGGACCACAGUCAUGAGAUGGAAAACAGUGUCCGCCAUCUUCUUCCUGGUGGUGAUUUACCUCAUCAUCGGCGCCACCGUGUUCAGGGCCCUGGAGCAACCGCACGAGAGUUCGCAGAAACUGGCCAUCCUGGCUGAGAAACUGGAGUUCUUGGCCGAGCACUCGUGUGUGAACUCCACUGAGCUGGAGGACCUUGUCAAGCAAGUGGUUUCCGCGGUCCGUGCUGGCGUAAACCCAUCAGGAAAUACGACCAACCAGACCAGCCUGUGGGACCUCAGCUCCUCUUUUUUCUUCGCCGGAACUGUCAUCACAACAAUCGGAUUCGGGAACAUCUCCCCUCACACUGAAGGUGGGCGGAUCUUCUGCGUCAUCUACGCCCUUCUGGGGAUCCCCCUCUUUGGAUUCUUGCUGGCCGGUGUAGGCGACCAGUUGGGCACCAUAUUUGGAAAAGGAAUCGCUAAAGUGGAGGAGAUGAUUGUGAAGUGGAAAGUCAGCCAGACGAAGAUCCGUGUCUUUUCCACGCUGCUCUUCAUCCUCUUUGGAUGCGUCAUCUUUGUGGCGCUGCCCGCCGUCAUCUUCAAGCACAUCGAGGGCUGGAGCACGCUCGAGUCCAUCUACUUUGUCGUCAUCACACUCACCACCAUCGGCUUCGGAGACUUUGUCGCCGGUGAAAAAGGUUGGUCAGAAAGCCCGGAGUAUCUGAACUACUACAAGCCUGUGGUCUGGUUCUACAUCCUGGUCGGGCUUGCGUAUUUCGCCGCCGUUCUCAGCAUGAUCGGGGACUGGUUUCGGGUGAUCUCCAAGAAAACUAAAGAGGAGGUCGGGGAGUUUCGCGCUCACGCUGCCGAGUGGACAGCUAACGUGUCGGCGGAGUUCAAAGAGACACGGCGGCGGCUCAGCGUCGACAUCUACGACAAGUUCCAGCGCGCGGCGUCCAUCAAGAGGAAGCUGUCAUCCGAACUCGGCAUCAACACGGCCCUCAACCAGGAAAUGACUCCUGGGAAGCGGACGCUGUCGGCCAACCUUUGUGAGGACAGAGAGGGCUUCCCGAACUUGACUCUCUCUCUCACUCCCGUGCCAGGGGCGCUUUCCAGAAACGGCAGCCUCUACUUAAACGGUCUGAGUCCGGAUUACGCGGAUCGACGGGAGAUCGCUAUCAUUGAGAAUGUUAAAUAAUGAGGACGGACCACGUGUACAUCUAUAACUCAAGAAAUCUACUCACCAGUUUUCUUCGUUUGCAUGUCCAGCCCACAUGGAUACUCACUCUCAGCUUUCCUCACGACUGUGGCCACUCGAUGAUUCUUCAGUCAUCAGACAUUUCAGCCAGUCACUCGCACCGAACCGGUUUACAUGUCGAGUGCAUUCGUCGGUUGUGAGUGAGCAAUAGAUGUACGAAUAAUGAGGCCCCAAAUCUGCAUCAGAUAAAGAGGACCCUCUUUGCCAACAGCGCCAGCAUCAUCAUCCAAGAGGAAAACACUCAUUAAAUGAAUGUGACUUCAUCCUCAUGUUUACACGUGUGACCUUAUACAUUUGUAUGCCUUUAUGUAUCCGCGGGUCAGAUUGCGAUCACUUGAAGAGAUGAAUGUUUUAUUUUCUUCCUUAAUAAUUGGCGUCCAGUUGGCCCCCUUCAGAGAUAUUCCUUUUGUGCCUUAUUGCCAACACCACUGACCAUGGAAGGCUGAUGGCUGAGGCUACGUCCACUUAGCUACUCUUUCCUUUUAAAACACCGAUGUAAUUUGUCCCUUCUGUGCAUGACGCCUUGGUCAAACCAGAAACACAUCAAAUACUGAGCACGGCAACCACCUGACCUCCUGGACGAUCCGUCCUCACUCCCAAGGCGUUAUAUAUAGAUGUUGGGAAAGUGGACUUUUGCGCCCCAUAUCGACGACAGAGACAGCUUUGAGUAUGUUGACGUAUUAGGCUGAAACUCCUAUGCAUCAAUAUGCAAUGCGGAAUGCUGCCUUGCUGCCUGUCGUCAAUGUGAAAGCCCACUUUCUCAAGGUCAAUAUAUGAAGCCAUGGAAGUGAGGAAGGGAUUGGACGUGUGUUGGUGACACCAGGCCUUGUCAAGUUACCCUAACAGCCUCUUUUCUGAUUGACCCAUGAAGCGUCCUUGACCAAAGUCAAAAGGACAUUUGUGAAGCCCAGAGUUCCAACCCGUGUCUCUGUGACAAAAGGUGUCAGACGUAGGAUGAUCGUACAAGGAAAAUGAAAGUGCACCGUAUGCAGUAUAUUUGAUAAGAUCCUGGUUUCCACCGACCACAAAAGUGCCACGACUUCGCCGCUGGUCUCCUUCAAAGUCGUGCUUCACACUCGCACACAGAUGGGAAGACAGUGCUUCGAGGGGGUGAUCUGUCAUUAAUAUGUUAUUCUGACAAAAAUGGUUAUUGCUCCUUUUAAAUGCAGCUUUAAAGUAAGAUCAUGGAACUUCAGCAGUGUGCUGCUUUGCCGGUUCAGUGGAAGCCAGGUGAGAGGUCCUCGUGUGAAUUCUGACACCUUCUGUCAUGUGACCUGCAAGAGCUUUAAAUACGUAACAUCAAAAUGAAAUUCAAUAGUUAUUGAAUUCAAAUUUAAAGUGCUCAGAAAAGCAGAGCACCUCCAAUGCAUGCUGAUAUCUCAGCUCACUUGCAUAUUGUGUUUCAUGUUUCGCCCUUAUUUCUUGUUUAAAGGAGCUCCAGUUGUGACUGUAAAUUCAGUUCUCCCUAUAGUUUGACUGUGUUAAAGAGAUAAGCUUGACUCCCUGAUUUUGUUGGAACAAUAUGGAUGUUGUCUUCGCCGUGACGUUGGAUAUCAGCAAGUGGCUUUUCAAAAAGGGAUUUCUCCAAUCAAUAACCAAGAGUGGGAUGUGUUCGCCUGCUUCGUUCUACCACCAGAUUGUCUCAUAUGUUGAGUCCACAGUGCCAAACUCACAGCUCACGCGCCAUCAAUGUCCUGUGGUUACAAUGUUUGAAAUGGUUUCUAGUGUAUCUCCGAAUAUCCAUCUCUCUGUAUUAACACGGAGCCGGCACCAGAGUCACUGAGACUACAGUUUCUUUAAGUGCCACGACUGUUUUUAUCUGACUUGGUUUGUCUCUCAGGUCAUCGCGGUCUGUUUCUCGUAGCUGUAAACGAAAUAUAAUCCAGGUUUGGCUUUACAUCUAAAACAUUUUAACUUCUAUUUCUGUUAAGCCUCCAAAUGUGUUGAACAGAAUCUUUGCCAGUCAUUAAAGGAAUAAUGACACACAGCCAGCAAGUACUUUCCUCGCAGGCGGCUUCAUUUGUUACCAGCUAAGCACCUGAGGCUUCUGAGAAUUAAGGUUCGCGUGGAAGGUCAUUGGCAUGUAUAUGAAAUAGAGACUGAGGAAUGACUGAAUAUAUAGGAAGUGCCCAAGACUGCUGAAGCAUGAGAGUAAAGGGAUGAUCGUGGAUGACUGCAUGAACGAGUGUAAAAGAUUAGAGAAGAGAAAACAAAGGUAAAUAUUGCAACACUCACAGACCAUUUGUUUCGCUCCAUAGAAUGUCCCAAUGGGUGUCAGAUGCUAUAAGAGCCCAUGACGCUGGUGACAUCAGCAACUGAACUCAUAUUAGCAUCUGAAUAAAAAGCAAAACAGAAGUCUUUGAGAAGUGAAAUAACUUUGGCCCGAGGGGAGACUUUUUCACAGAGAGACCAAAUGAUUGCAUUCAGUUGCAGAGCGGAGAAAUGGAUGAUCAUGAAGCGUUGCAGAAACACAUUACCAAGGACACGGUGUCACCACUGCACUUCUUCACCUUGUGCUGACUGAGGCGAGAAUUUAGCUUUAAAUGGAAUCCCAAGGGCAAGAGAAGUGUCUCACCUCUGCACUUGGCUGUUUAGCACAAUACACUGUGGCUUAGGUUCCACAAGCCUGAAUCCAUUAGUUUUGUCGUGAUCAUCAACAACCCACUUUGCUUCUUUAGUGUGUGCGCUUUAUCGCCGACAAAAGAUGCUAAAUAUCUGUGCCCCACUUAGCUGGCACAAAAGACACGUUGCUACGCCGCGGGGUGAGAUUAUCAGCUUGAUAUUAGACGUUUAAAUAGAAGCUGGAACAGCGAAGCACAGUUGCACUGAGCUUACUGAAGUGGAACGCUCCCCAAUUUGGAGACUCAGACUUGAACAAUGUCCCAGUGACAGGGCAGGACUUUCUGACCUCCUGGUGCAGCACACCAUUACCCAGUUGAGUCAUCCCAUCGUGUGCGAUUCAGCAGUUUCAUGAGUCACGUAGAAGCAGUGAGCAUAUGUGCUCAUUGGAAUUAGAGGAGUCCAACUCACUUCCUUUGGAAUGAGGUACUUCCUGUCAAGCAACUGGACUCCCAUGAGCAUGAUUCUGAUCUACUUCCUGUCUAGUAAAAUGAGUCGGCGGGACUCACCACCAUCCAACUCUUUGAUUCACUUCCUGUUGAGCGACCCUCAUCCUUGGGACUCACAUAGAAGUGUGGGAUUCAGCAGUUUUAUACCUGCAAGCAUGCAUCAACAUUGAAUGUGAGUUCGUGAAAAAAAUGAUUCUGAAAUGGUCUUCCACUAUUUUCUCCGGUUGCAACCUGUGUCCGCCAUGUUUGUCUCGUGUGAGGCGAUUGGAUUAGUGCUGGAAACUGUGGAAUAGAAGUGGGGAGAUCACAGGAGAUAACCUCAGGUGUCUGAUAAUAGACCACAGAAAGAUAUGGGAUUUCGGUUGAUCCCCCUUCAUCCCUCUGUGGAGGACUUGAGACCAGAAACAGUGCUGCAGGAUGUUGAGGAAAUAGCUGCACUGAUCCAUGAUGCUGUUAGUAACACGUAUAGUUGAAGUUGGAGUCCAUAAGAGUCAGUGUAAAGAGAGGAAUUCUGAGCUGUACAUGCAAGACACGCUGGUGCAUUAAGCCCGGAGGAAGGUGGGCACAUGCAGGGAGCGAAGCCCCCUGGAGCCAAACACAUGACUGCUCCCUGGUGGGCUGCUUGACUGACAGCAUGACGCGCUGUCAGGAGAAAUAACGUGUUGUUGUGGAAUGUUACGUAACAGUGGAGACAUGUGAGGCUCCGCACAAGAGCGGGGGAGGCGUGUUUUUUACCUCGACUUGUCCUCCCUCAGCGGCUCUCUUUAAUUAAGCUUAUCGUCACUCACUCAUUAAGAAUGUAAACUCAUUUAUGAUUGAAGAGUGGGGGGGGUUCAACUCUCAAGGCUUUUAGAGUUUUUUAUGAGUCGAGCCACAAAAUGUGCAGCUGCCGCCCAAAACUGCUGGGAUGGGGGCCAGAUCUGAACCAGGCGGCGUCGAAAUCCACACACAGCUGUGAUGUCAUCAAAGGUUGAAUCCAGCUAAGUUAGCGCAGCCUGGCCACCGCUGACCUAUAUUCUACUGCAGUUUCUGACCUCCACGCUCACUUCUGCUUCAGCUUCUGAGAGCACAGCAGAAACCCGAAAAAAAACGCAUCUCUGCAAGGCUCCGAAAACUCAGUUUGUUUGGAUUGAAUUUCUCAAUAUUUUACCUGAAGUUGGAGAAGUUUAUUGCCAAAAAGCACUGGGCCUUUUUUUUUUCUAAGAAAAAUUGUGUUGCAUGCUGCGCUGAAUGUUGUUUCCAAAGCAAGUGUCUGUAACUUCGUGCUUUCAUUUGGCUAUGAAGCGAGCGUCCUCUGUAAAUGUCACCUGAACUCAUA